GUCAAUAGUACGACGUUUCCCGUCUGAAGUGGUUUUCUUUUACUGUUUUUAGGAAUAGGUGUAGAAUUAAGCUUGCCUUUCUUUGUUUACGUCCCUAGUGUUUAAUAAUUCGUGUUGAGUUGAUUGGUUUUAUUGUUCUUAAUGGUUUCGGGUGACGAUUCCAAUGGUGGUCGAUUAUCCCGAAAGACUGCAAGAUCCCCAAACCGCAAGUGCAAAAAGACAGAUGCGGACCUAGCAAAGGGUUCUUCGUUGCGAAACAAUGCGCAACCCUCUGUGCACAAAAGGAAUCUUUAUGUUGUUUCUUUCCCAAUAAUAAUCCUGUUUAACGUACUGAGGUCUAUUCUUUAUCAGUUAUUCAUAAUUUUCAAAUAUUUGUAUUCGGCGUCGCACCGUUUGCUACACAAGCCUCGUAAGAUCGGGGAGUGUAAUUUGGAAGUAGUGGUGAAGGACGGUGUGGUGUCCACAGAGGUGGUACACGCAGAGGAGAUGGCUCACAUACACAAUGUGGGGCCGGGAGAUCCGCUUCUGGCGAAGCAGAAGCAUCAUCAUCGGAAGGCUUUUGAGUACAUAUCAAAAGCCCUCAAGAUUGAUGAAGAGAAUGAGGGUCAGAAGGAGCUAGCAAUAGAGUUAUACAAGAAAGGAAUUUACGAACUGGAGCGAGGCAUCGCCGUGGACUGCUGGGGGGGUCGCGGGGACGCGUGGCAGCGCGCGCAGCGGCUGCACGACAAGAUGAAGACCAACCUUGGAAUGGCUAAGGACCGGUUACACUUCCUUGCGAACCUAGUGGCCCUCAGUAAAUUGGGGGUUGAGAGCGAUUCAGAACGACACGACAAAAGGCCCACGGAGUCUCCACUAAAGGGGCGGAGGCCCCUAGAAAAGUCGAAGACUACGUUACUAGCGCAUACAGAAAAUAACAGUGGUCAAACGAAGCCAUCGAACGAAGUGGCCGGCCGCAAGCUGACUACAGCCGGACGCCGCGUGCCCAGCGGCGGCGGCCCGCUCAUGAAGUCCCAAACGCUGCCACGCUCCAUGGGCCGCUCGGCGUCGCAGCCCAGCAGCUCAAACGGCAACUACAGCCGGUACCCGACGAAGCCGGCGUCCACACCGCCGGCUGUCAAGCGGCAGCUUUCUAACGCGUAUCAGGUCCCCACGAACGGGUCGCCUAUCCGUCGGGCCGUCGGCGGGGGGUCACAGCGGGGCACCCCCACGAGGAGCAGGACCCCCCAGCCGGCGCUGAGCGUGAGGGGGGUGGACCCUAAGCUGGUGCAGCUAAUUCUGGACGAGAUCGUGGAGGGAGGACCGAAGGUGCACUGGGAGGAUAUUGCUGGCCAGGAGACCGCAAAACAAGCGCUACAAGAGAUGGUGGUGUUGCCAUCCUUGAGGCCGGAGUUGUUCACGGGACUGAGGUCUCCGGCGAGAGGGUUACUGUUGUUCGGUCCUCCAGGCAACGGGAAAACGUUGCUGGCGCGGUGUGUGGCUGCGGAAUGUUCAGCCACGUUCUUCUCCAUAUCGGCGGCCACACUCACGAGUAAAUACGUUGGAGAGGGCGAGAAAAUGGUGCGCGCGUUGUUCCAAGUGGCCAGGGAGCUGCAGCCGUCAAUAAUAUUCGUGGACGAAGUGGACUCCCUCCUGUGCGAACGUUCGUCGAGCGAACACGAAGCGUCGCGGCGACUCAAAACAGAAUUCCUGGUGGAGUUCGAUGGUUUGCCGGCGGCAGGGGCGGACAGGCUUAUUGUCAUGGCGGCUACCAACAGACCACAGGAGUUAGAUGAAGCAGCCCUAAGACGAUUUCCAAAACGGGUAUACGUGUCACUCCCAGACAUCCGAACGCGGACGUGUCUACUGAAACGGGUGCUCGCGCGCGGCGCAGCCGCUGCAGCGCUGAGCGAGGACGAGCUGCAGCGGCUGGCGGCGCUCACUGACGGCUACUCCGGCAGCGACCUCACCGCGCUGGCGCGCGACGCGGCGCUCGGCCCCAUCAGAGAACUGGAUCCCGAGGAGGUGAAAUGCCUGGACCUGUCCCUGGUCCGGAGCAUCACGUUCCAGGACUUCAUGGACUCCCUCAAGCGGAUCCGGCCGUCCGUGUCCCCCCACAGUCUGCUGGCCUACGAGAAAUGGUCCGUGCAGUACGGGGACCUUGGACUAUGAAGGGGUGAAAAAGGAUACAAGCUGGUAUUAAUUUGAACGUACGCGAAAGGGUGAGUCAUUAUAAUAAGAUUAUUUGCACGGACGAUUUGUCAGACGAAGACAGAAGAAAAUGAAAGGAGACCCACAAAGUUUGAUAAUGCUCAAAUUUUACGAUCAUCCAUACACUUCAUUUCCAAUAUUAUGACAUAUGUUCGAUUUCUUUUAACAAGCAUUUUACUAUUUUGUCAUUUAAAAAAAAUCAUUGACGUACAAUAUUUUGAAAUGAGUGUACGCACACAUGUUUUUAUGCAAACAAGACCUAAAAUAUUUAGAAUAAAAUAUUAAAUAUUCUGUUAUUUUUUAAUAUAAUCAUUAAUGAAAAUAUUUAUGAUGAAAACAAAAUGAAGUGUCGAAGAUCCUAUUAUUAUUUUAUAUAGGUACCUACCAAUUAUAAUCCAAAGAGAAGAGAUAGAAAUCAAACAAUUAAAAAAAUAUAUUUUCUAAAAAUUACUUUUUUAAAAUAAGACGAGUCGAUCCCAAAAGAAUUAGUACAACGCGAUUCAAUUUAGAAGUAGCUUUCGAUGUUACUAGAUAAUGAGAACUACGCUUACGUGUACCUAUUCUUCUUUAUUGAGUCGGGUUAUACUGGCCCUCUACUGACCCGUCCAAGGCACGUCAGAUCCAUGUCAGAGAUCUCUUAGGUACAUAAUGACCUUUAUGUGCGUGGAAAUAAGGUUGAAUGUUGGAUAGUUGUGUAUUAUAUUGCUAAAAUGGCGUGAAUGAAAUCCGUGUAGGACAAAUGAUUUUGCUAUGUGCUUUUUAACCUCGACAACUAUUCAGGUGUACGAUAUACGAGACAUAUGUUAAAAAUAAAAUGUAUGAAUGGAACAUGUUGAAAUUUUGAUGAAAUCCAAUAAUGGAAUGAAAAAUAAAAAAGGAAAUUAAUCUCUUUCUUGUACCUGUAUGUUUCAAAGCUAGGUUGUAUUUAUUUAUAAUUUAAGCUAUAUAUAUAUAUAUAUAUGUAGGUAUAAAUGUAAUAAUAUACAUAUGUGUAUAAUAUCUAAUUUAUGUUUUUUUUUUUUUGUAUUCUUCAAAAAUAACAUUUUAAUAAGUUCAAACAGACAGCCAUAUAGAAAAUGGUGAUGAAAAAUAAAUUAUUAUAAUUUGUACAAGUUCUAUCGUAAAAUUUGUAUUAAAUCAGUAUGAUAGUAAUGUGUUGAUGUAGUUAGUCAGGUUAGUGUUAGUCAUACAUCGAUUUCAUGUGGACAUUGUUGAUUUUUAUGCAACAAAUUCCUACAAUAUGUUUCGUGUUAGGCUCGUAGUUUUUUUUUUUAAUUUGCCGCAAGAUACCCGUUUAUUUAUAGUAGUUAUGCAAAUAUUGUUGACAAUGUACUUAUUCUAAUUAUGUUGAUUAUUAAUUAUGUAUUUCUUUCGAAUGAAUUCCGUUUUAGAGAUUCGUUGAUGUAUUCCUUUAGUAAGUAGAUAUGUUUAAUUAUUAUAUAUUGUAUUGAUAUUGUAAUGUGCUGCAAAUCUUAUGAGUAGUUAAAAUAUAAUUUGUAUGACAUUAAUGACGGGUAGAAACACUUCCUCGUAGCCAUAGACCAUUUAGAAAUGGUCUGUGCUCAUAGCCGAAGCAUAGCGUUUGCUCAAAAUACUAAUGGAUCUGGUUUCUUCGAGCAAAAUAGUAAUAAAAAUAAUAUAUUUUCGUAAUAGGUUGUUAUAAAAAUUGUCUAUCUCUUCGAUUUAAUGUUAUUGGAAAAUAUCAAUUUAUUGGACCACACAGUUACGUAGGAUCGAGAUAGUGUGCCAUUUAGAAGUGAUAUUAAAAACGCGGGGAAAAUGUGGGGCAAUCGAGAUUAGAUACUACUUAUACUGUGGUGUUUACAAAACUAUUUUAAUAAAACGUACGUAUACACUUCAUUAUUAUAACGUCUACUGCUCAUAUUAUUAGUGGUAGUCGUUUUCAUAUUUACGACUAAUUCUAAAAAUCACUUUUUUAUCUACUUGAUGCUGGCCAUCAAUUUAUUGUAAUGCGCUUUAUUAAAAUUUUAAGAAAGAAUAACUCUCGAUUGUUCUUGGAGACUGGACAGAAUUCAAAAUAUUAGAACGAUUCGGUGAAAAAACAUUUAGAUUUCUGGCCAGUCCUCACAGCUCGCUAGCCGUAAAAAAUGUAAGCCAAAUAACUUUAAUAUUGUCGAUACAUAGUUGUAAACAUAUUUCCUAAUUAAAGACAGCGAGUAGUGGUUAGUGCAGUACUAUAGUUGUUAUUUUGAGUAGAAUUGAAAAUAUAUAGAUACUGUUCCAAUAUUUUUACGCCUUACAUUUGGUCGCGAUAAGAUUUUCCGAUGCACCCUUUCAAUUUACAUAAAUAUUGUACAUAUAACUGUUUACUGCGCACAUUUGAUUAAAACUUUGUAAAAUAAAUCUUGCGGUUGUCAGAAGAUGAAAAAAGAAUAUAAGAAAUAUAGUAAUGUUACGAAGAUACUAUUUUACAAAGUUUAAAAAUAUAUAUUCUCAAAAUCUUAUUGCGAACAAAUGUUGUGUAGAUGUGCUAUAUAAAAAUAUGUAGUCUUACCAUUCCUAGUUAUAAAAUAGUCGGACAUAGAUAUUUAUUUGUGCUCUUUAGAUAGUAUAAUUUAUUUUAUUUCUACGUCGUCUGAAGCUUGCCAUACACUACCAGAUUUUAGUUAUAUAAUUUUAUAUUUUUAUUCUGCUUCGUCAAUAGUCUAGAUAAUUUAUUGUGGCGUAGAUUUUUUUGUUUUCAAUGUGUUCUCAAAAUACAAAUACGUGGAGUGUGUGGCUGGCGAACGAAGGAAAUAUUCUUUGUAUCGUUGGCGAAAGAAAUAUAUUUGUUGACUUUUCAUUUUCACUGAAUGUGAUUUAUUUUUAAAAUAUUCCGAAUAGGAUUGGCAAAUGUCAGAAAUUGGUGCUUUACGUUGCACAUAUAUUUUUUAUUCGAAAACGAAACAAAUAAUAUAUUUUCCUGUAUGCGUAGUGUGAGUUUUCGGUCCGUUUAGUUCGCUCAGCCGGAUGCAGUCACUUUUAUCACAUGCCACACUGUGAUUCGUUGGUUGUGACCGUCUAUACCCAGCCCAAUCGAGAAGCCUAACUGCGAAAAAGAUUAGUUGGUGCUCAAGUACAGGUCGUUUUUUAUAUUUAUAAAUCCUUCCUGCGCUGUAUAAUUUUUUUUUCAAAUUUCAAAUUAAAGUAUAGAAUAAACGCCCCUCGUCAAGAAAACAAUAUAUGGUAUUCUUAAAAAAUCGCCAACGCUUCGGUAUCGAUAUGUAUUUGCUAUAUAAAAAUAGUCCUUUUGAGGACCGUGUUUUUAUUACAACGUACUUCUAUCGAGAAUAAGAAGUAAGUUAUGUUCCGAAUUGAAAACUCGCACUGCGGCCUUUGAUUUUACAAUGGUGAUUAUCUCCGCGUACACAGACGACGUUGCAGUGUAUAGUAUACCCAGGUUUCAAUAGUUCCAUCGUGGAAUUGUAGAUGGCAUCAGUUACGAUGAGGAAAUCAACGUCGGUUCCAUUAUUUUUUAAAUGGAACUAGUGAUUAAAUAUCUAGUAGUUCCAUAAUGGAACUAGGCGGUACUAGUGACAUGGAACGCCAAUACCCAGUGUUGGGCAAGUGUGCAAAAAUGCUGAAGUUAGAGCCAAUGAUAGUUUUCAAAAUUUCGGUUGUGGUUAUUUUUGUAGCAAUUUAUUGUGACGUUUGGACAUUAAACUUUUUUUGUUGUAUGUUGAUUGUAUUGGAAAUACUUGAUGUUGAUAAAAUCGUAAUCUCAUUAGUUAGUUACGUUGCGAUUCUUAGUCGUGCUUUAGCGUUUUUUUAUUUAAAUCAUUAAUAAUAUUCAGUUCACAAUAUCGUAAAGUUAUAGUUUAUAAUGUAGAAAGUUAUUGAAAGGAGAUACAAGUGCGAAUUAUUACAUUCUUCAAAACAAAAAGCCAAGUAUGAACAACGGAGAAUUUGAACACUCUUCGUUAUUCCUUCGGUAUUCCAGAUAUAUAUCCACUAUAUAAAUAAAAGCUUUGCAUCGCUGUGAUAUGGAUAAUAAACCCAAUGCCUUAUUAAAUUUUCUCAAGGAUUAUGAUUUUAAAAAUAUUACUGUUGACUGCACGAGUCUUUUUCUAUUAAUCCUAUUUUAAUUGAUGCAAAACUUUGGCAUACAAUUCAUUACACUGAUAUAUUUUCAAUCUACACUAUUAUUAUAAAAAGGUAAGCAUUUGUGAGUUUGUAUGUUUGACGCGGGUGAUCUCCGAAACUGCCGAACUGAUUUCAAAAAUUAUUUCACCAUUGGAAAGGUACAUUAUCCAAGAUUGCUAUAGGCUAUAUUUUAUCUCAAAAUUCCCACGGAAGCGAAGCCCCGGGCAACGUCUAGUUAUAAAAUAUAAUUAAAGAAAUUAAUUUUAUUUCUCGGUGCUUCGUUACUUCUGCUGCACUUUAUUAUUAUUACAUUGUUCUAUCGCACAAGAGGACGACAUAUCACUAGCUUAUUUCUGAACCUAUUGAUUUUAAUACUAAUUAUGUUUGUUUUGUGGUGAAAUAUUUCGCUUUUUUUCUGUAAAAAAAUUGAUGGCGUGUCGGUGUAAACAUACUCGUAUAUUCAUAUCUUCUGAUGGAUUGUGAAAUAAUAUCGGUGUAAUCAAUAAAAAGAUGCAUUUCAAAAUGAGCUUUAUAUGUGAAAUAAUGCGACUGAUUGUUAGCUAUUGAUAAUCAAGUUCUUAUCCAAUUUUGAUGUGCGAAUUUAAUGGUUAGUUUAAAUAAAACUUCGGGUAUGAUUAAUGUUAAUUAAUAAUUUAUUGUGCUGAAUAAAGUACUAGAAUUCUGAGGCCGUCCGCUGAGUGACACUACGACUACACUGAGCAACUGAACAAACAUCUCUUAUUGGCAUUAUAGCGAUAAAAAGAGAUGGCAUUAAAUUCUUUUUGCAACCGUAGCGCGCAUUUAGCUUGUUCGCUCCCGUUUUAUUCACCCAUCUCUUGCGCACGUAAGGUGUGUGACUGAGACAUGUUGAAUAAGCGCGACGAUUACGUGUUACGCAGCGUACGACUUUAAAAUACUAUAUCAAAAUAACUUUAUAUGACUGAUGAGGAUAAUUAUUACAAUUUUCUUUAUUAACGAUAUAAAAAAAUAUGAUUAAAUUUUGUUUGCGUUUGCUAAUUGCUAUAGAUAUAUAUUUAUACUUUUCAGGAAAUGUACGUAAUUUUUACAAAUAGAAUAUAAUUUUAAUGUGGUAUCACAAGUCUUCCCUUUAAUGUUACAAAAUGUUUUAAGCCACACAUAAUUUUACAUAUAAUAUUAAAGUUUUAAAAAGCUUAACUUUCAAUCAAUUCAUCUUUGAUUUAUUUUCACAAAUUACGUACACCUCACUCAAAAGUAUAAAAAUAUAAUUCUAGAAUGGUUGUAAUUAAAGUUAGCUAUUUUAAUUUAAGCGCACGAAUUUACCAACUUGACUAAAAUGUAAGUUAAUACCGUUGAGCAUUCAAAAUAAUGUAUUUUUCAUAACUAUCAUGAACUAAGUGCACUCUUGCCUAAAAUGUCGUAAAAGUACACUACGCAUAUAUAUAUAUGUGAUACACGGUUUAUAAAUAAACAAUUAAUUUGUCAA